AUGGAAUCAUGUCGAUAUCAGCAGCUGAAGUCGUCAUCGUCGAUAAGAGUUUGUGGUGGUGACGGCGGCGGCGGGGGUGUUUAUUCUGAACUUCCUCCUCCUCCCGUUGGUUUUAGAUUUAUACCGGCAGAAAAUCAUUUAAUUGGUUACUUGCAAAAGAAGUUAGAUAAGCCUGAAGAUCACUUUCCGUUAAUUCUUGAAAAGAACAUAUAUGACGAUGAUGACUGUCAUCCUCAGCAGCUUUUAGAAUCCCAUGGAAAGGAAGGAGUUGUAUACCUCUUCUCACCAAGGUUUCGCAAAUAUCCUAACGGGACACAAAUAAGACGUGAUACGAAGCACGGAAUAUGGAAAAAUAGUACACGGGAUGAACCAGUCAUUCAUGAGGGGGUUGAAAUAGGCAGGAAGUGUAGUUUUGUAUUUCGCCCAAGUCCUUAUUAUAAAACAACACAUUGGUAUUUGUGGGAAUAUCGGAUUUCUAACGACAAAAGUAAAGAUGAACCAGCAAACCAUAAUCUGAUUGAAGAACUAGCUAUAUAUGAAUUAUACUAUACCAAAGAUCUCGAACGAAAAUGUAAAAGAUCAGGUAGAAAACGAAGUAAAGAACCAAGUAGCAGUACCGUAAAAUUGCCAGCUAAAGAACUUGCUCAAGUAGAUUCUCGUGGACUUCGAAAAGUAAAAGCUUUACCAGCUAAUAAACUUGCUCAAGGAGGUUCCCGUGGACAUCAAAAAGUAGCAGCAGUCUAUAAUGUUCAGGAACGUCAACUGCAAAAUGGAAUGGCUCAAGUAGGUAAUGGUCAAGCUCAUUAUAACCAUAGUCAUUAUUAUAAUCAUAAUGAAGUUAAUUAUCAUGAGAAAGAUUACAUGACCAAUGAACAGUUCGUCCAAGAUAUCGAUUUGAUAAUGAAUAGUGACCAUUAUAGUGUUCGCGAUUUUGACAUAGCGAGUUUGUCAUCAACGUCAAAUAUGUUAUCCUUGCAGAAGGAUUCCUUGGAACCACCAAUGAGUGCAUUUCCUUAUAGCCCUGGUUUUACACAUUUCAAUCCAGGAUCAUCUAUGAACAGACAAAGCACUCAUUCAUUCUACAAUGGCUGGGGAAAUAGAAAUAUAGUCGAUAACCACAAUGGAUUACAAGGUGGUGGUUUUGCUGGAGGAGGCUUUGAUAGGAUCCAAUAUGGUCAUGAAUUUCCACCAUUGCCUGAUAAGCUUGUUCCUAAUUAUAAUCCUUAUUACAGCAGUGGUUUUACUCAGAUGUAUAGUGACAUAGCUUCAGUACCAAGCCAUGCUCCAUUGAAACAAGAAUAUCCGCAAGAGUUGCCUCCAUACUGAUGAUUCAAACGUACAGUUUUCCUCAUGCUGCAGGAUCUUUAUGAAUGAUUCUUUCUGAAAUUUAGGGGUUAGAUGUGCGUAAUAUAGUCACAAUCAAGUAAGAGCGUAUAUUAAUUAAACCUGUAAGGGUGAGAUUUAGAUGCAAAUAUUUUGUGGUGAUAGAGAAAUCUGCCUCAUGAUUUCUUCGUGUAUAAUACAUGCGAGACUAAAAAUAAUACAUUUUCUUAGAGUCCA